GACCAAUCCAGAACCAGAACAACUCGAGCCGACUAGGUUUACGCAAGCAGAUUACCAUGGCUGUUUUCACUCCAACAGAUUUUCAACUGUUUUUGUAAUCAAGAAUACGCGCGGGCGAGUAGCGGAAGAGGAAGCGGACACGUGGGACACUCUACGGUGGCCGAGAGGAUGCCGCAGAUGUGUUAGCGGCGAGUCCAGAAGCAGCCCCAGGAGGUGCUGGGGGCAUCUUUUCUCUAAUCUGGCCUCCCGAGUGCCAAGGAGGCGUCCCGGCAGCGGUCAUCAUGGUGAAGGAGCAGUUCCGGGAGACGGAUGUGGCCAAGAAAAUAAGCCACAUCUGUUUUGGAAUGAAGUCACCCGAGGAGAUGCGCCAGCAGGCACACAUCCAAGUUGUGAGUAAGAACCUGUACAGCCAGGACAACCAACAUGCCCCCUUGCUAUAUGGGGUGCUCGACCAUAGGAUGGGUACGAGUGAGAAGGAUCGUCCAUGUGAAACCUGUGGGAAAAACUUGGCUGACUGUCUAGGCCACUAUGGGUAUAUCGACCUGGAGUUGCCGUGUUUUCAUGUAGGGUACUUCAGAGCAGUCAUAGGCAUCUUACAGAUGAUCUGCAAAACCUGCUGCCACAUCAUGCUGUCCCAAGAGGAGAAGAAGCAGUUUCUGGACUAUCUAAAGAGGCCCGGCCUGACCUACCUUCAGAAGCGAGGACUGAAGAAGAAAAUCUCUGACAAGUGCCGGAAGAAAAAUAUCUGCCAUCACUGUGGCGCUUUUAAUGGUACCGUAAAGAAGUGUGGACUGCUGAAAAUAAUUCAUGAGAAAUACAAGACCAACAAAAAAGUGGUGGAUCCCAUUGUAUCAAAUUUCCUUCAGUCUUUUGAAACAGCCAUUGAACAUAAUAAAGAAGUGGAGCCUCUGCUGGGAAGGGCACAGGAAAACUUGAAUCCCUUAGUAGUUCUGAAUUUAUUUAAACGAAUCCCAGCUGAAGAUGUUCCUCUACUUCUGAUGAACCCAGAAGCCGGAAAGCCGUCUGAUUUGAUUCUCACACGACUUUUGGUGCCUCCUUUGUGUAUCAGACCCUCCGUUGUGAGUGAUUUGAAAUCUGGCACCAAUGAAGAUGAUCUGACAAUGAAACUGACAGAAAUCAUUUUCCUAAACGAUGUUAUUAAAAAGCAUCGGAUCUCAGGAGCCAAGACCCAGAUGAUCAUGGAGGACUGGGAUUUCCUGCAGCUGCAGUGUGCCCUCUACAUUAACAGUGAGCUCUCGGGCAUUCCCCUCAACAUGGCACCCAAGAAGUGGACCAGAGGCUUCGUCCAACGCCUGAAGGGAAAACAGGGUCGAUUUAGAGGAAAUCUCUCAGGAAAGAGAGUGGAUUUUUCUGGCAGAACAGUCAUCUCGCCCGACCCCAACCUCCGGAUUGAUGAGGUAGCUGUGCCAGUUCAUGUGGCCAAAAUUCUAACUUUUCCUGAGAAGGUAAACAAAGCAAACAUCAAUUUCUUGAGGAAACUGGUUCAAAACGGCCCUGAGGUUCACCCAGGAGCAAACUUCAUUCAGCAGAGACAUACGCAGAUGAAAAGGUUUUUGAAAUAUGGAAAUCGAGAAAAGAUAGCUCAAGAGCUCAAGUAUGGUGACAUCGUAGAGAGACACCUCAUCGAUGGAGAUGUGGUGCUGUUCAAUCGGCAGCCCUCGCUGCACAAAUUGAGCAUUAUGGCUCAUCUGGCCAGGGUCAAGCCCCACCGGACCUUCAGAUUUAAUGAGUGUGUCUGUACACCCUAUAAUGCUGACUUUGAUGGUGAUGAAAUGAACCUUCAUCUUCCUCAAACAGAAGAAGCUAAAGCAGAGGCCCUUGUUCUGAUGGGGACUAAAGCAAAUCUUGUAACCCCGAGGAACGGGGAACCACUGAUUGCUGCUAUUCAGGAUUUUCUAACAGGUGCCUAUCUCCUCACUCUCAAGGACACUUUCUUUGAUCGAGCCAAGGCUUGCCAAAUCAUUGCUUCAAUACUGGUUGGCAAGGAUGAGAAAAUUAAAGUUCGCCUCCCACCGCCUACAAUCCUAAAGCCUGUCACCCUGUGGACCGGAAAGCAGAUCUUCAGUGUCAUCCUCAGGCCUAGCGAUGACAAUCCAGUGAGGGCCAACCUGCGAACCAAGGGCAAGCAGUACUGUGGCAAAGGGGAAGAUCUCUGUGCCAAUGAUUCCUAUGUUACAAUCCAGAACAGUGAGUUGAUGAGUGGCAGCAUGGACAAAGGAACCCUAGGGUCAGGAUCCAAGAACAAUAUUUUUUACAUUUUGCUGCGAGACUGGGGGCAGAAUGAAGCUGCAGAUGCCAUGUCACGGCUCGCCAGGCUGGCUCCUGUCUACCUGUCUAACCGUGGUUUCUCAAUUGGGAUCGGUGAUGUCACACCUGGCCAAGGACUGCUGAAGGCCAAGUAUGAGUUGCUGAAUGCUGGCUACAAGAAAUGUGAUGAGUACAUCGAAGCCCUGAACACGGGCAAGCUGCAGCAGCAGCCUGGCUGCACUGCUGAGGAGACCCUGGAGGCACUGAUCCUGAAGGAGCUGUCUGUGAUCCGUGACCACGCUGGCAGUGCCUGCCUCCGGGAGCUGGACAAGAGCAACAGCCCCCUCACCAUGGCUCUGUGCGGCUCCAAAGGUUCCUUCAUUAACAUAUCACAGAUGAUUGCCUGUGUGGGACAGCAGGCCAUCAGUGGCUCUCGAGUGCCAGAUGGCUUUGAAAACAGGUCCUUGCCUCAUUUUGAAAAACACUCAAAGCUCCCAGCUGCCAAAGGCUUUGUGGCUAAUAGCUUUUAUUCCGGUUUGACACCAACUGAGUUUUUCUUCCACACAAUGGCCGGCCGGGAAGGUCUAGUCGACACGGCUGUAAAGACAGCUGAAACGGGAUACAUGCAGCGAAGGCUUGUCAAAUCUCUUGAAGAUCUUUGCUCCCAGUAUGAUCUGACAGUCCGAAGCUCUACUGGCGAUAUUAUCCAGUUCAUUUAUGGAGGAGAUGGCUUAGAUCCUGCAGCUAUGGAGGGAAAAGAUGAACCUUUGGAGUUUAAAAGGGUUCUGGACAACAUCAAAGCAGUCUUCCCGUGUCCCAGUGAGCCUGCUCUCAGCAAAAACGAGCUGAUCCUGACCACGGAGUCCAUCAUGAAGAAGAGUGAGUUCCUCUGCUGCCAGGACAGCUUCCUGCAGGAAAUAAAAAAAUUCAUUAAGGGGGUCUCUGAGAAGAUCAAGAAAACCAGAGAUAAAUAUGGCAUCAAUGAUAACGGCACAACAGAGCCCCGUGUGCUGUACCAGCUGGACCGCAUCACCCCCACCCAAGUAGAAAAGUUUCUGGAGACCUGUAGGGACAAGUACAUGAGGGCACAGAUGGAGCCAGGUUCUGCAGUGGGUGCUCUGUGUGCCCAGAGCAUUGGUGAGCCAGGCACCCAGAUGACCCUGAAGACUUUCCACUUUGCAGGUGUGGCCUCCAUGAACAUCACCCUGGGCGUGCCCCGGAUUAAAGAGAUCAUCAACGCUUCCAAGGCCAUCAGCACUCCAAUUAUCACAGCACAGCUAGACAAGGAUGACGACGCGGAUUAUGCUCGCCUCGUGAAAGGGAGAAUUGAGAAAACCCUCUUGGGAGAGAUUUCCGAGUAUAUUGAAGAAGUGUUUCUUCCUGAUGACUGCUUUAUUCUCGUCAAGCUCUCCCUGGAACGGAUUAGGCUUCUGAGACUGGAAGUGAACGCUGAGACAGUGAGAUAUUCCAUCUGCACAUCCAAGCUCCGUGUGAAGCCCGGUGAUGUGGCUGUUCAUGGUGAGGCUGUGGUGUGUGUCACCCCCAGAGAGAACAGCAAGAGCUCCAUGUACUACGUGCUGCAGUUCCUGAAAGAGGAUCUCCCCAAGGUGGUGGUGCAGGGCAUUCCAGAGGUGUCCAGAGCUGUCAUCCACAUUGACGAGCAGAGUGGAAAGGAGAAGUACAAGCUUCUGGUGGAAGGUGAUAACCUGCGGGCAGUCAUGGCCACACACGGUGUGAAGGGCACCCGAACCACCUCCAAUAACACCUAUGAGGUGGAGAAAACUCUGGGCAUCGAGGCCGCCCGGACAACGAUCAUCAAUGAAAUCCAGUACACCAUGGUGAACCACGGCAUGAGCAUCGACAGGAGGCACGUGAUGCUGCUCUCCGACCUCAUGACCUACAAGGGUGAAGUCCUGGGCAUCACUAGGUUUGGCCUGGCCAAGAUGAAGGAGAGUGUGCUGAUGCUGGCCUCCUUUGAGAAGACGGCUGACCAUCUCUUUGACGCUGCCUACUUCGGGCAGAAGGACUCUGUGUGUGGGGUGUCUGAGUGCAUCAUCAUGGGAAUCCCAAUGAACAUUGGAACCGGGCUCUUCAAGCUGCUUCACAAGGCCGACAGGGACCCAAACCCUCCCAAGAGGCCCCUGAUCUUCGACACAAAUGAAUUCCACAUCCCCCUUGUCACAUAGUCCAAGGAAAGAGGGGACCAUGCCUGACCUUGACUCCUUGUCCUGUCUCCAGCUGAUGUAAAGAGUUUUGUGCUCCCUGGGACGGGGGUCCUGAGGUCCCCACCUAUGCCAGCAAUCAGAGAAGCCCUCUUGGCAUCCCCAGGAGCAGCUUCUCCUCUGAUAGGGUGCAGCUCACACCAGUGACCCUGACUGUGCCACGCUGCUCGGGAGAGCUGAGGGUUUUAUUGUUUGCUUGCUUGAAACCUAAUCUAUAGACGGCCCCACAGCUCCUGCACACACUGCUUCCCUGGACUUAAAGCCCAGCCAGGUGUCAUGGUCCAUCCCAGCUCACUGCAUACAUCCAUCGGCUCCCCAUGGUGUCUUCACACCUGACGAUGAGCCAGGCCUGAGCCCCACACAGGCCAGGGCACAUUCUUGGAUUUUCCAUUCCUUGGUCAUGCUGGAAUCUCUCAAUGUGACAUACUUAUGUAAAUAUUGUUACUAUUAUUUAUUUGUUCCAUUUGAGGGAUUUGGAAUUUUUGUUAUUUUAGUUUUAUUUUUGAAACCAAGCAUCUAUAGAAACCAAGAAAGUCAGCAUGUAAGCGUCACUGGAAAAACUGGUUUAAGCAAAUAGAGCCGUCUGGGAUUUGUAACUGAGGUGCAACUGUCAUGAGGCCCAGGCAGCUCUGUAACAUCUUCUAUAGAUGCCCCUGGCUACCCUGUUGUUUUCAUCUACCUCAGACCCCUAUCAUGGGGCUCUACCCUGUGACAAGAGCCAAACCCAUUCUCCAUGGCCUGUGGAAGCCUCACUGGAGUUUGGGGCCUGCUGCAAUGGGGAUGAGAUGGUUUUUUGUAGAAUUAUACUUACGUUCCUUGGAUGAUC